AUAAGACGCGCUUUUUUCGUGAUUUGUCUCGUGCACACGCGUUUCUUUGGCAGCCGAGAGGACCCUUAUUCCAGCACAGAUGUGGCCAUGUAUUACGAGCAAGCGUCGACUGGAGCAGCGGGUGCACUAACCAUCGGCCAACCAAAGCUCAUUCAGUAAGGGUGUUGCUUUCGGUGUGUUCGCAGGCAUUCGGAGUUUUCCGCUGCGAAACAGCCUGAAACGCUGAAGUCGCGGUUUCCGCUAAGGUUCAUUUUUCGCUUGAAUCGCACGUUCACACGCAGAGUCACGGUGUGAGCGCGAGAUAUUCGGUAGAAGCUUUAAGAUUUGCUCUGGUUUCCCCUCGGGGGGGGGGAAAAAGCAGUUGGUUGUUUUGUGAUUUGGGGACCUUUUUCCCGAUUCCUGGAACACGGAAUACACGGGGCCUGUCGAAAAAUGAAUGACCGAACGGAGUGACGUCGUUGUUAUUAAAUACACAUUGGUGGACGUGAACGACGGUUUCGCCCGAAAGUAUACUUUCGCAGCCCCGGAAUACAGACCAAUCAAAACACCAUCAGGAGCAAGUGUUUUGUGUUAUAUCAUUAAGGACGGGCGGGUGCUGUUGCUAUUGUUGUCGUGGAGGUAUCAGGGGAUUUUUUUUCGCUAUUCCGUAUGUGUUGGAUUGGAUGUUGGAUGAUGGAAUAGCAGGAAAAAGAUGUGCAUGUGAUUUUUCCGUGUGCGGUGACAUCGUGUGUCGAACAGCGCUCGAAAGUCGAUCUGCAGACGAUUUCUCACAACUUUUGCAACCGAGGGUUCAGUGGGAUGAUGCAAAAAGGGGUCGAACGCCCUCUGUCGGCGCGGCGGUAUACUCUCGAGAGCCUACCAUAGUGGGUAAGUGAUGGUGUGAAGUGUUCGCCUGGUGUUUUCCCUUUAACCGCGCUACCGCCUGUGACGAGCUGAUGAAAGCUGAAAUCAAUUUUAAAAGGAUGAUUCUAGAGAAAAAAAGGAAACCGACCGCAAGAGAAGAAGAUAAAGCGUGAUACUGUGCUGGAUGAAAAGUGGCGCUACAUUGGAUGGUACGCUGGAUGGUACACUUUCCUAAUGAUUUGGCAGAAAAAAAAGAAGAAUGCGAAAACAGCCCCCACCAUGAGUCUUCAAAGCAGAAGGUCGGAAAAAAUCCGUUAGUAAACGGGGCUUCCAACAAGCUCAUCAAUAUUUAAGCACUGUGUACGGUUCGAUUGAUUGUAGUUUAGUGAUCAUCUGAAUUGUGUGCUAUUGAGGAAUGAUCGGCAGACACCAUUCCGUUUCGAGACUUGAAAACCUGUGCCUGUCGAGAAUACGGGAAAACUGACUCACAAUUGUGGCGGCGAAAAGUUGCUUGGUAAUGCCGAACCAAGAGUGAGGGUUCUUGAACGGAAGAAAAGGAAAAAAAACAAUCGAAGAAACAGCCAAUAUAAGUGUGUGAAAGCUGUGUUUGCAUCUAUGCUGUAAAAAAAGAACCUUCCAACGCACAUACUGGAAACAUCACCCGAAAGUGCCUGAAAAUGGCACCGUCACAUUUUACGCCCGGUUUCCCGUGUGGUAUGCCGACGCCAGCAGCAACGCCUCCACCACCACCAGUAGCGUCUUCCGCCGGCCGCGGCUGCUGCUAGCUCCGUGUGAGCUUCUUAAGCUGGAAAACACCGACCAUGACCAUCGACGCCAUCAAUCAACAAAGACUGCUGGAAAGUUACCGUUCUUCCGUCGUCUUCGCUAAGGAUCGUCGUCGUCUCCCGGCGGCCGAGGCCAAUCCGUCGUCAUUAUUGCCGCUUGCUGCCCGGCCAGACAUCGUUCGUCACUCAACCUACUCGUACACCACCGUCACCAAUACCGCCACCGCCGACGCCUCCGCCGACUCCGGCCUCAAUGGCAGCAGAAGCUAACUCGUCAAAGUUAUAGCAGGGCAGGGCGCAGUAAAACUUCGUAGCUUAUUAUCAUGAGUUUCCACAAGGCGCCCCCUCCCCGGCUGCCCAGCCUCGGUGGGACCUCACCGCUCACCAAGUCCAACGAUGUGUACGAUUACAUAUUCAUCGACAGUGGCAGCCCCGAUUCGUACCUGACCGGCGAGUUAGUCGGCACCGUAGUAAACGACAGCCUGCAGCAGCUGCUAAAUGGCACCGGACCCGGCGACAACCGGACCGGACUGGACGAUCUGCUGGCCAACGGCACCCAGACCGGGCUGGACGAACCGCUCGGUGACGUUAUCGUGAUGGCGGUGACGUCGCUUAUCCUUGGACUGAUGAUACUAGUUACCGUUAUAGGAAACGUUUUCGUAAUUGCUGCCAUCAUUCUAGAACGAAACUUACAAAAUGUAGCAAACUAUUUAGUGGCGUCUCUCGCUGUAGCAGAUUUACUAGUAGCGUGCUUAGUUAUGCCAUUGGGUGCUGUUUACGAGAUAAGCCGUGGCUGGAUCUUGGGCCCCGAACUAUGUGAUAUUUGGACGUCGUGUGAUGUUCUAUGCUGUACGGCUUCCAUUCUACAUCUGGUUGCGAUUGCCACGGAUCGAUACUGGGCGGUGACCAAUAUCGAUUACAUGCACUCCCGCACCAGCCGGAGGGUGUUCACGAUGAUCUUCCUGGUCUGGUUCGCUUCGGUCAUCGUUUCACUAGCGCCGCAGUUCGGCUGGAAGGAUCCGGACUAUCUACAACGAAUAGAGCAGCAGAAAUGCAUGGUUUCGCAGGACAUUGCAUACCAGAUCUUUGCGACGUGCUGCACCUUCUAUGUUCCUUUAUUAGUAAUACUAGUGCUGUACUGGCAGAUUUAUCAAACCGCCCGGCGACGGAUACACCGACGGCGGCCCAAACUUCCGGUGACGGCCAACAACAAUCAACAAGAAACACCAAAAGCAACAAAAUCGAAAAUACGCUUCCGAUUGAAGAAGAAGUUCGGCAAUCCCACCAAAACGGCAGCCUCCUCGCUCGGUCUGGUGGAGGGCAACUCAACCAACACGGUCAACACGGUCGAGGACACCGAGGCCAGCUCGAACACGGAACGGAAGGCAGGAGCUGAAACGGCGUUCAGCAGUGAUGAGACACCGACAGCGGCAAUGGCCAACAACAGCCAAAUCCCGACCGUGUCCCAUGAGGUGGCAAACCGUCAGAUAGCGACGACGUUGGAGGCGAACAAUAACAAUCAUAACAACAAUAAUAAUAACUCGUCUUCGGGGAGCGACACUCACCAGCAACAGCAACAGCAGCAACAGCAUCAGCAUCAGCAGCCGCAUUCAGCUCAGGGCUCAGGGCAGCUUAGGCCGGCCAAUAAUAAUGCCUUAUUGCAACCUAUUCAACACUCUCCCACGCUGUCCGGUUCGGCUGUCCACACCGGUUCGACGCUGAACAUCGCCAGUACAUCGAACCCGCACGCUCAGGUUUCCAAGCGGAAGGAAACGCUGGAGGCGAAACGCGAACGAAAAGCUGCCAAAACGUUAGCCAUUAUUACGGGAGCGUUCGUCGUCUGUUGGUUGCCAUUUUUUCUGACUGCUCUGCUGCUGCCACUGUGCGAGUCCUGCUACAUCAACGAUAGCGUCGCAUCGCUGUUCCUGUGGCUGGGCUACUUCAAUUCCACCCUGAACCCGGUCAUCUACACCAUCUUCAGUCCCGAGUUCCGGCAGGCAUUCAAACGAAUCCUGUUCGGAACGCAUCGCAGCACCACUUACCGACGGGGAAAGCUGUAAUGUUAAGCCCCGUCAGUCCACUUUACCUCUCUAUCAUCAUAUCGUGCCAUUCGCCAACCAGUCAGCCAAAGACCGGUCCAUCACCGCACCGAACAGCCGGAAAGGGUAAUCGCCAUCAUGAUCAUACUUUUGACCGUGUGUCCCGGAAAUAUGCCAACACCGCACCUGUGCAGCGCGUACACCGUGGAAAAGAAAACAGGUUACGAAUGCAACCGGAAGGAAGUGAGUCUCCCGAAAACCCACCUGUGGCAGUAUCCUGCAGCAUGAACAAAAUGUCAAAACCCAGAAGCCCGCCGUGAUUCUGUCUGUCUACACUAAAUGUUUAGGAUAGUGUUAUGAUGCCCAGUAUAUGCCAAAUUUAAUAACGUAUAUAGCCAAAUUCUCCUCCUCUCAUUCGUUUGCUGUCUGACCUACUGGGGAUGAAGUGUUGUGUAUCUGCGUUAGAGAAUUAAGUAAGAAGAGAUCUGAUCACCCCUACCUCGACCCUAUGAUUGGAAGCAAUAUCCUUUUCAACCGUCGAAGGAUGAACUCAACGUAAGUGUAAGUAUAGUAAGAGAGGGAGGGAAUUUCAUAUGCAAUGUGACAGGAUUUGAUAAACAAAAAAAAAAAACAAAACACCUACCUACAAACGCUAGCGCAAAACAUGGUAAAAGGAUUAGUUUUUUAGUGCAUAGUCGUAACAGCUAAGGUAGGAUAGAGUUUUUAUAAUUACCGUAUCCAAAAAAAAAAAAUAAUGACGGCACGAGCACAGGAUACCGAUUGAAAUUUCGUGUUUCGUCAAACAGCAAGUUGUGAAUAGUAUCUGUACAUGUUUGUAAGUAUUAUAAGUCGAACACAAAAUAAAGCAUUAUUCACGGCCCGCGGGUAGAUGCGCUUGUUAGAAAUAAUAAGAUCGCUGUAAAAGUAUGCUUCGAAACUCAAACCAGUUCUGGCAGAUGUCAGCGAGAAUAAAAUCAUCUUUCCAUCCGCACUUUAUGCAUCCCCAAAAGCUUUCCUCUGGAGCCCCGGAAAGCACCCCGAAAGAAAAGUCAUACCGAUCCGCGUCCGGCCAGCUGAAUGGAACGUACGUGAAUUGUGACUUCCAACUCGAUUGGAAGCAUCGAAUGUGAUAACGGCUGGAGGAACUCUCGAGUGGUUCUAUCGUUUUUCUAAUAUUUUCAUAAGUCCAUAUUAAAAACAACUGCUUUAAAACGGUCCUUAAAAUUCAUUAUGUUGAAGGCAAAUCUUCAAUUGAAUUUGGUCUUAUUAUAAGACCUGCAAACAAUUAUCCUGCCAAGUUACGUAAGGUGAAAGAAAGUAAACCUUUCUUUUAUUAAAUAAUGAGAAUCUUCUACUAUAAGUAACAGAGCCUCGCGUCAUACCGACAGAAAGUUUAGAUUAGCAUAUUUAUGAUUCUACUCUUUUCCAAUUAGAGUCGUAAACACAAAGUAAACAGUAAAGUAAACACAAAAAAUAAGGCCUUCAUACAACGCCACAGGAAGGCCUCCCCUUUCCAUCUUCACAGUUUCUAGCAACGCUAGAACACUAAAACGUAAAGUCUAACAAUGGAUGAGUUUUGUUAUUGAAAUGCCGAGGCAACUAGAAUCAUUUCCAGGCACUUUUCCUCCAACCGUUGUCACUUUUAGCAGAUCAUUGCAAAACACUCUCUGUAUUCCGACCCCCAAUCCACCAACGACCAUUCAGUUAGAGUUCUUGGACAAACUGAACAGAGAACCGAAAUACAAUAUACCUCCGCGUUCCUACUUACUCCAACCUAUCACGAAUAAAAAGUCUAUCCCACUGCUGUUUAUUUUGCCAUUUAUGAGCCGAAUGGUAAAAUAAAUAAAAUGAUUUCCGCUGAAAGUCAGGUAGUACUGCACUGUACAAAGGGAACGUGUAAAUGAAACCAACAAAAACAACAGACCUUUAAAAUGGUACGAAAACCUAGUUCCGUAGAAACAUGAUUCAAUCACAUUUAUCGGUAAACAUAGGCUAAAUUAUAAACUAGUAGCGAUAGGGGCAGAGUAUGUGUGCAAACAAAUAGAAAACACACAUAACAUGAAUUGAAUGUUUAGGUGUUAUAGAUAUAGGGGGUAAAAUGUACGCUACAGCCAAUUUCACUCAUGUGCAACUAUGAAUCAAAAUAUGCCAAAGUACACAUACAAAAACACGUAGAGAGUAAAGUUAGGAUACUUGAAUCAUUCUAGCGAAUACUAUUAUCAAAUCAAAACAAAAGAAAAAUGCGCAAGCAAACAGAUUAACACAAACAAACAAAUAGAGAGUAAAAAGAUUACAAAUAUAUAUAUUUUUAUUCGAUUCGUUACUGAGGUUUGGGGCAGAUUUGUUUUAAUCGAACGUUGAACGCGUUUUUUCCGUAGCCAAGAAAUCCGGGCCGGAAGGGGACCCGUAAAUGUUGGCAAGUAUGUUACCGUUAAGAUAAAAAAAGAACUAUGAGAAAAAAAUGAUAAACCUAUAAAAACACACACACACGCAUUCACGUGUGUACACACAAAUACAUACUAGACGUAAGACGCGCAUAAAUGUUGUACAUAUUACAUUCAACUGCGAUCAGUUACAGAGAAAAACACACUCUCUCACACACACACACAAACAAAAACACACAGUCACCAGUCCAGCACUUAACCAAAAACGUUUAGCAGUAAUGACUACUGCGAAGAAGAUUGUGACUUUGUUAUAGCUAACCAAGCAAAUCAAAUAGAAUCAAAUAUAAAAAGUAUUGAUAAGAAACAAA